GUUUGCUCAACAUGGAGGCCCUCUUGUUCAACGUAUCUGGAGGAUUUCUGGAAGGCAUCGUGCGGGGGUACAAGGCUGGUCUCCUUACCCAGAACCAGUACAACAACCUGACGCAAUGCGAGACCAUUGAAGACUUCCGGACACAACUGUCGGCGACGGACUAUGGAAACUUCCUCGCGAAUGAACCCCUGCCCAUCUCCACCUCCACCAUCUCGGACAAAGCGACGCAGUUGCUCGUCGACCAAUUCAACUACCUCCGGAGUAAUGCUGUCGAGCCCUUGAGCAAGUUCCUGGAGUACAUGACAUACGCGUACAUGAUUGACAACGUCAUACUCAUCAUCACGGGCACGCUGCACGGGAGGAACACGAGCGAGCUGCUUCAACGGUGUCACCCGCUCGGCAUAUUCGACACUAUGCCUGCUCUGUGCGUCGCAACAAACGUGGAGGAGCUGUACCACACCGUCUUGGUCGAGACACCACUCGCACCAUACUUCCGCGACGCCGUAAGUGCGGCAGACUUGGACGACCUCAAUAUCGAGAUCAUCCGGAACACUCUCUAUAAGGCGUACCUCGAGGACUUCGACGCGUUCUGCCAGUCGCUCGGGGGGCCCACCGCAGACGUCAUGCACCGCAUCCUCGCCUUCGAGGCAGACCGCCGCGCAAUCAACAUCACCAUCAACUCGUUCGGCACGCAGCUCUCCAAGGAGCAGCGCGCGAAGCUCUUCCCGACCAUCGGCCGCCUCUUCCCGGAGGGCAACAACACGCUCGCGCGCGCAGACGAGAUCGACCAGGUGCGCCAGGCGUGCGAGGCCGUCUCCGAGUACCGCGCGUUCUUCGACUCCGGCGGACGCGCGCACGCGAACGGGAACGGCGGCGGCGCGAACGGGAGCUCGGAGAGCACGGCGAACCUGCUCGGGGACCUGGACAGCGAGCUCGGCGCGGCGGCGGACCUGGAGGACCGGUUCUUCGUGCACGAGGUGCACCUGAACAAGCUCGCGUUCCUGCAGCAGUUCCAGCACGCGGUGUUCUACAGCUACAUCAAGCUCAAGGAGCAGGAGAUCCGGAGCGUGACGUGGAUCGCGGAGUGCAUCGCGCAGAACGCGCGCGACAGGAUACACGACUUCAUCCCCACCUUCUGAGCGCGAGCCGGACUUUGUAUGACAUGGACUGGCGUAAUCAUAUACCUUCGUACGCUGCGAAUGGACCGUAAGUGUAAAACUG